AUGAAUUCUUUCAACACUACAGAGGAUGGAGGGCCUGGGUUAAGUCCAGAGGCUGAGGCAGACUCCAUCCCCAGGCUUGCUCACUCCCAGAAGGAGCCAGAUGAGUGGCAGCAGCUUGUGGCACCUCUGCACCUGGAUGCAAAAAGAAAGAAAGAAAGAAAGAAAGAAAGAAAGAAAGAAAGAAAGAAAGAAAGAACUCUUAGAAAGAAAGAAAGAAAGAAAAAAGAAAGCUUAGAAAGAAAGAAAGAAAGAAAGAAAGAAAGAAAGAAAGAAAGAAAAGAAAGAAAGAAAGAAAGAAAGAAAGAAAGAAAGAAAGAAAGAAAGAAUGUCGAGAAAGAAAGAAAGAAAGAAAGAAAGAAAGAAAGAAAGAAAGAAAGAAAGAAAGAAUUACAAGAAAGAAAGAAAGAAAGAAAGAAAGAAAGAAAGAAAGAAAGAAAGAAAGAAAGAAAGAAUGCUGAGAAAGAAAGAAAGAAAGAAAGAAAGAAAGAAAGAAAG